CAGUUAGAUUGGCUCCCACUAAUACUUAUUUUAAUUAUAGAAAAGUAUGGUGGUGUAAAUAUAAAAUGGCGCAGAGCUAAGGGUUAGGGUUUUUUACCAUCGAGGGAGACACCUCGGAGAGAGCUCGGAGGGCUCGGUAAUGGCGUCGUCGUUGUGGGUUCUCUGUUGGGCUGCGUGCUUGCUCUGCUUGGUACCGCCGGCGAGGCCGGAUCUGGCCUCCGAUGGGACGGCGCUGCUUGCUUUCCGCACUGCCGUGGGUCGCAUGGCGCUGUCCUGGAACACCACCACCUCGCCUUGCGCCUGGCAAGGCGUCGUCUGCGAGAACGGCCGUGUCGUGCUCCUCCGCCUGCCCGGCGUCGGCCUCAUUGGCCCUAUCCCCACCGGCAUUCUCAGCAAUCUCACUGUUCUCCGUACACUCAGCCUCCGGUUCAACGCGCUCUCUGGUGCCAUCCCCUCCGACCUCGCCUCGCUUUCCCAGCUUCGCAAUCUCUAUCUCCAGGGCAAUCGCUUCUCCGGCGAGAUCCCGACGUUUCUCUUAUCUAUUCCGAACUUAGUUCGCUUGAAUCUCGCCCGGAAUAACUUCUCCGGAGGAAUCUCACCAGAUUUCAACAAGCUAACACGGUUAGGGACGCUAUAUCUUGAAGAAAACCAGCUCACCGGCGAGAUCCCGAAUCUCGACCUCCCAAAUCUGGUUCAAUUCAACGUGUCCUACAACCAAUUGAAUGGAUCGGUGCCGCAGAAGCUCCGGAGUAAGCCGGCAGAGGCGUUUCUCGGUAUGUCACUCUGCGGUGGUCCUCUCACUCCCUGCCCCGGCGAGAUCUCACCCACGAGCUCCGUUCCUUCUGUUCCCAGUAGUGAAGCCAAGAAGGACCAUAAGCUUUCAGGCGGCGCCAUCGCCGGAAUCGCUAUCGGCGCCGUCGCCGGGUUCCUGUUGCUCCUCCUAAUCAUCAUCCUUCUCUGCAGGAGAAAAUCCAGCAAGUCAGGCACCGCUGAAGUGGCGGCGAAGCCGCCAGAAGUUGAGGUCGCCCUCCGGGACAAAGGCAUUGUCGACGGAGAGCCAGGGAAUGGCGUGGCAGCUCAUCGUCCACCACCGACAUCAGUGGCGGCGCCGGCGAAGGGAGAGAAUACGAAGAAGCUGUUGUUCUUCGGGACAGGGCCGAGGACGUUUGAGCUUGAGGACUUGUUGAGGGCCUCAGCGGAGGUUCUGGGGAAGGGGACCUUUGGGACGGCGUACAAAGCGGUGCUGGAGAUGGGGACGGUUGUGGCUGUGAAGAGAUUGAGGGAUGUGAGCAUGCCGGAGAAGGAAUUCAGGGAGAAGAUUGAGGCUGUUGGCUCCAUGGAUCACCCGAAUUUGGUUCCUCUCCGAGCUUAUUACUACAGCAAUGAUGAGAAGCUCCUGGUUUAUGACUACAUGUCCAUGGGCAGCCUUUAUGCUCUAUUGCAUGGAAACAGAGGAUCAGGCCGCACACCUCUAGACUGGGAGACGAGAUCAGCCAUUGCUCUUGCAGCUGCGCAGGGUAUUGAGUACAUCCACUCCACAGCUCCCGGUGCUUCUCAUGGCAACAUCAAGUCCUCCAACAUCCUCCUUGCCAAGUCUCACGAAGCCCGUGUCUCUGACCAUGGCCUCGCCCACCUCGUUGGCCCCUCCUCAACUCCUAACCGUGUUGCUGGCUAUCGUGCACCUGAAGUAACCGAUCCUAGAAAAGUCUCCCAGAAGGCUGAUGUAUACAGCUUCGGUGUCCUUCUCUUAGAACUGCUAACUGGCAAAGCUCCAGCCCAAGCUCUUCUCAAUGAGGAGGGUGUCGAUUUGCCAAGAUGGGUCCAAUCAGUUGUUCGCGAAGAAUGGACAUCGGAGGUGUUUGACAUGGAGCUACUAAGGUAUCAAACUGUAGAGGAAGACAUGGUGCAGCUGUUGCAGCUCGCAAUUGACUGUGCGGCACAAUAUCCAGACAAACGACCAACCAUGGCCGAUGUUGUGAUACGCAUUGAAGAAAUCCGCAAGUCAAGCCUCCGAGCUCUAGAACAAGAUCACCAUGACCAUCCUCAAACCAUUGAGGAUCUCGAUCACUUAUCGCUAAGGACCGAUUCCAUCCCUUCGAUCUCUUGACCAAUAAAA